AGGAAACCCUCAUGUUCCACUGGCAUCUGGAGAGAAGGGCGAGGGCAGAAGGCGGGAAGACUAUGAGGAGGAGACAGGGGAGGAGCAGAGUCGAGCCGGAGAGCCGCGGCUUCAGCCGCCUCCCCCUCCUCUCCCCGGCGGGUCCCGCGCGGGCGGGAGAGCCGAGAAGAAGCGAGCUGUGCGGCUCCGGAGCAAUGGCCGCGUUCCCCGGUGGCGGCGGCAGCAGCAGCGGCAUAUCGUGGCCGCGCUCCCCGCCUGGUUCCGCUCUCGCCACGGCUCUGGGCUGGGAGCCGCUGCCCGGACUGCAGAUUCGUUCGCGCUCGGUGGAGCAGACGCUGGUGCCGCUCGUGGCGCAGAUAACAACUCUCAUAAACCAUAAGGAUAAGCCAAAGCGGUCAGAUAAGACUUUGAGAGCAGUCCAGCAAGUGGGCCAAGCUGUUAACCUGGCUGUUGGGAAAUUUGUUAUGGUAGGCGAAGCUAUAGCCAAUGAAAACCAAGAACUGAAAGAGGAAAUGAAGGUUGCCUGCACUGAGGCAAAGCAAGCAGGUGAGACGAUUGCACAGCUUACAGAUGUAGCAACCUUGGAUCAUCCAGAAUCUGAUGGCCAGAUAACUAUUUUUACAGACAAAACAGGAGUGGUAAAAGCUGCAAGACUGUUGCUUUCUUCAGUGACUAAAGUCUUGGUGCUGGCUGACAGAAUAGUUAUUAAGCAAAUUAUAACUUCUAGAAACAAGGUCCUUGUAACAAUGGAACUGCUAGAGAAAGUGAGUAGUUUUCAGGAAUUUGUGCAAAUAUUCAGUCAGUUUGGAAAUGAAAUGGUGGAAUUUGCCCAUCUAACUGGAGACCGACAAAAUGAUCUGAAAGAUGAAAAGAAAAAGGCUAAGAUGGCAGCCACUAGAGCUAUUCUUGAGAAAUGUACCAUGAUGCUUCUCACUGCUUCCAAGACCUGUUUAAGGCAUCCUGACUGUGAAUCUGCACGUGUGAACAAAGGAGCGGUGUUCCACAGAAUGAGACUAGCUUUGGAGCAGGUAAUAGAGAUUGUAACAGACUCUCGGUCCAGUGGAGAGAAUGAACCAGGCCCAAUGAGCAUCUAUACAGGCAUCAAGGAAUUCAAGAAUAAGGUGGAAGGAUUGAGGGAGAAUCUUUAUCUUCUGUCGAAAGAGAAUCUUCGGGCCAUGCUGCGGGUUGUCCUUGAACACACAGAGGAUUUUACUGAUUCUGCUUAUACUAGCCAUGAGAAUAGAGAGCACAUCUUGGAACUGUCCAAGCAAGCAAAGAUAGAACUGGAUCAGCUGGUAUCAGCGUGGAUGUAUGCUCAAAGUCAGAAGAAAAAGGAUGUCACGGAAGACUUGGAAAUUGCAAUAUUAAAAAUGUGUCAGUGCAUGACUGAGCUUCAGAGAGAACUCCACAGUGCAGCAACAUCUGUUGCAGCUGAUGUGAUAAAAUAUCAUUCUGAUCACCUUGUUUUGAAAGCACUGAAAAUCUGCGGAGCAGAAGGAAACAUAGAAGCCGUUGCAGAACAUAGCUGUAAGCUGUCUGAACAGAAAGAACAAUUGACUGAGAUAUGUCAUUUAUUGAGGCAUGUCUCUGGAACAGAGCCACUUGAAAUUACUUGUCUACAUGCAGAAGACACUUUUCACGUGACAGGGCCUCAGAUAAUUUCUGCUGCAGAAACCCUGACGUUGCAUCCUUCCAGUAAGAUUGCAAAAGAAAAUCUGGAUGUUUUCUGUGAGGCUUGGGAGUCCCAGCUGAGUGACAUGUCCCUGCUGUUAAGAGAAAUCAGUGAUGUGUUUGAAGGAAGACGAGGAGAGAAGCGUAUGUACCUGUCACUGCCCAGGCCAGGGAAGCAUAAUGCAAAUAUGAAAGCCUUAAAGCCAAUCAGGCUUGAUAGUGAGGAGCAAAUGAAACUUGGGAAAUUAGGCUUAGAGCUGCAUAAGCUGAUGACACGAGUCGACUCUGAGAUGGAGAAAUGGGAUGAUCCAGAAAAUGAGAUUGUGCGCCAUGCACAAGGCCUCUCCAGCAUGGCUUAUCCCAUGUACUUAUUUACAAGAGGAGAAGGGCUCCUGAAAACCACCCAGGAUUUAUUUCAGCAAGCAGAGGCCUUUGCUACAGAAGGAUUAAAGCUUACUUCAGCUCUUCUUGGAUUUUCUAAUCGGCUAGAAGAUGACGACAAAUCAUUGGUUCUGCAGGAGAUUGACAAGAUGGUCCCUGCCUAUCAGCAGCUUCAGAUAACAGCUAAAAACCCCGUUCAGGGUAAAACCGCAACUUUUACAAAGGUGGAUACGUGUAUUCACAAAACAAACUAUAUUCUGGAUUUGUUGGCCCAAGUUCUCCCACUUAGCUGCACAUUACUAAGAAAGCACAAAGGAGGAAAUGGCUAUCUUAGAACAUAUCGUCCUUGGAGAGAAAAUGGCCUGCACGCAGUAGCAAGGGAAAGAAGUGGCCUGGCUGGGAGAACAGAUUCCUUUGGGAUAAAAUACUUGGAACAACACGUAGCAAACCUCACGGUUUUGGAAAAUAAACAAUUCUAAGGUGCUUUUUGGGAACGAAAAGAUGUCUAUAUGGGAGUUGUACACUUAACCUCUCCUAAUUGCUUUCUUUUGAGGAAGGUGAAACCAGGAUAGAAAAAGCUGUUGUAACCUUUUCACAUCUAAUAGAUGUCAUGGUACUUGGCAGUUAACAAAAGCAACAGUCACAUUUAAUGGCUGCAUAUUUUUGUAAAGUGAAUACAUUUUUGUUCACUAUUAAUACUGCUAUUUUUAUAAUCGCAUACACUUAUGAAUGUCUUUCUCUUCAACCCAAAGAUGCUGCUAUGGAUAUGUUUCUGCACAUUAACUGGAUAGUCUUUGAUAUGCUACAUGAAAAACUACUGGUAUUUUGUUGUUGUUUAAUAGUCACUACUAGUGUGAGCCAAGGAUCCUGGUCUGAAAGUAGCUAUUAUGGAAGACUGCUUCGAAAAGAGAGCAAUGGACUGGGCCAUCAUCUAUCCCCCAUCUCCUAAAAUGGCCUGCCAACAAGUUCUAUUGCUACAGAUACCACUUUUUCUUUGGAAGCAGGAGGGGGAGAUGCAGAUAUAAUCUCUUAAGGGGCAAGAUUUGGUCCAAAGGCCUCCACAUUGCUGACUUUUCUUCUGGAAGCAUUAGCUAGUUAUAAGAAAGCUUUAAUGAUAAGCCUUUUGAAAACCUCACACUUUUUAUAAAGCAUAUUUAACAACUUAACAAAGCUAAAAAUAAAGGUCAUUAGCAGUGUUGAUGAUACCAGCUACAGUUAAGAGUUUGUGUUUGUCUUGCUUAUUUUUAUAUUACACACACUUCAUCAGCAGAAUUUGUAUAGGAGCUAAGCAGUUUUUAUCAGAAAUAAUGUCUUAAGAUGUUUAGUGGGACUAAUUCCCCAGUAAGUGAGCUUAGGACUGCAGCUUUAAGUGGAAAGUUUGAGCCUUCAGCUUUAGCACAUGAUAUAGCAAAGUUCCAAGGUAGUUAGCAAAAUGUAUACUUCCACUCUGAAAUAAGUUGUAGCUGUUAAAGCCAGUCACUACAAAGAGGGCAUUACUUGUUUAGUAGAGACUAAAAAUUCUUCUCCAAGCUUCUUUGAGAUUUAUGUAUGAAUGCUUACUGUGUUAAUUGAAAAAGCGUGAAGUGCUCUGGUCCAAAGUUUCACUGUUAGAUUUUAGUGUCAGCCCUCAUUCAACCUCUGUUUGGAGUCCUGGUGUAGUGGUUAGAGUGUUGGACUACGACCUGGGAGACCAGGGUUCGAAUCCCCACCCAGCCAUGAAGCCCACUGGGUGACCUUGGGCCAGUCACUGCCUCUCAGCCUCAGAGGAAGGCAAUGGGAAACCACCUCUGAAUACCGCUUACCAUGAAAACCCCAUUCGUAGGGUCGCCAUAAGUCAGGAUCGACUUGAAGGCAGUCCAUUUCCAUUUUCAAAAUUGAGAAACUUAGAAAAUGUUGGAUACAGUUAUGGUAAAUUUCUCCAUUUUUUAAUCUUGUCUUAAGAUAAAAACUAGACAUUUAGUGGCAAAUAGAGAAUUCCCAAUCUCAUUUGACACUGAUGUGGAAAGUAGGGACUAAGGAGCAGAAAAUAAAUGGCAGGUGAGCCACUUGCUUGCCUCUUUUCUUCUGCAACCUCAGCCCUAUCCCCAACUCCCAGAUGAGGCAAAAAACUGAUGUAGGAAAGUAGCAAGUGAGGGGAAAGGUUAAGGAACCCCCCCUUGACAUAGUCACCCUGUAAAUCCUGCCCUGCACUUAGCAUGUCAAAAGCCAACACAGGAUAGAAAAGGCUGUGUUUGCUGGUGAAUGUCUAGUGCUGGCAUUGGCUACCAUCCACAUUAUCUCAUUCAGGUAUAUAUUUCAAUGGUAAACUCUCCAAGAUAACAAAAUAGUAAUGGCAGAAUUCUACUUCAUAAAGAUUUGGCCCUCACUUAAUAAGCAGAGGAUAAACUGACAAUAAGCUUUUAUUGAUAUGAGAAACAGGGCUAUAUUUUGACAUUGCCCCCUUAAAUACCACAACAGGGACAGUUCAGCCACACUUUAAGUCCUUUUGAAGUUCCACUGUUAUCACUAGAGGAAAUUUAAACACACCCUUGACAGUAUCAUUAAUAAAUGAAACUUUUAAGUACUUAAAAAUUUGCUUGCUUGUGCCUCAACUGCCUGAAAAAGAACUUUUCCGUUGUGUUGCUAUUUGAAAUUCAAAGCAUUUUUGUUCAGUUUUCCUCCGCACGUUAAGCAUGGAAGCUGAGAAGUCACUUUAUCAUGAGAUGUACUGGAAGCAGUCUUACUCAAUUCAUAUGCCUGCUAUGAAAUACUUAGUUCUCAUUCUGUGAAUCUU